AGGCUGCAGACGCCUCGCGGUGGGGACGCGAGGCUCCGCUUAAAACAAAAAAAAAAGAAACAAGUAAAACAGAAGAUAGUAGCUUCCUUGUCCACGCAGUAGUUGCUUCUGAAAGAUUUGAACGGUAAAAGAAAGGAUGGCUGACGUGGAAAUCGAGGUCGCGGGUGACAUGCAAAUGCCCCAACAGAAACAGAAAUCUGACAGCGGGCUUGAAUUUCUACAAAUACCAAAGCUUCCACUAAGCCAGAUAGGGUAUCCACAAGCACAUGAAUGGAUUGAACAUCGAAAAGCUAAUAUCAGGCCAUGGUCUUUGUUUCUCAACACAAGCAACAUUAGGCCUCCACCAAGUUUACCAAGAUUGAGUAAAAGGAUUGUUAGAAAUAUUGAAUACUUCCAGAGUAAUUAUUUAUUUGUGUUCAUUGGACUAGUUAUAUAUUGCCUGAUAACAUCGCCGCUUUUGCUGCUAGCUGUUGCAGCAUCCCUUGGAACAUGUUACAAAAUUUCUCAAAGACAUGCUAAGCAAGAACUUAUGGUUUUGAAUCACAAACUGACAUUGGCUCAAGUGUAUAGUUUAAUCGGAAUCUGUUCAUUGCCAAUAUUUUAUUUAGUCGGUGCUGGUGCAGCACUUUUCUGGGUUCUUGGUGUAUCUUGGUUCCUGAUAACUCUACAUGCUGCUUUCUAUAACAUUGACUCAGUCUUAUGUCCAGGAGAAGAUGAACUGAAUUCUUUAGUUAUGCAAGAAGUAUAAUCUCUAUUAUAAUAAUUGUACAUAAUAGGAAAUGCAUGAUUCAAUCUCAAUUGAAUUAAGAAAAAUGUAAUUAUAGAUUUAUAUAAUG